AUGUCUUUCCUUCAUAAUCAUUCUUGCGAGUGCGUUAAGUCAGAAUUGGAUUUGUUUGCACUACCGUCUACACAAACUAGCAUUGAAAAUGGAUUGUGGAUUCAUUAUAAACCAAUUUCAUCUCUUGGUGAUGAUGGACCUAUCGAGUUUCAAGUUCCUGGGACCGGCGAUGACUACAUAGAUUUGUCUCAUACAUUACUCCACAUAAAGGCAAAAGUAUUAAAUCAAGAUUCAACUAACUUGGUAUCUACUACAAUAGUAGCACCUGUAAAUAAUUGGCUGCAUUCACUUUUUAGUCAACUUGAUGUUUAUUUAAACCAAAAACUUGUAUCACCACCUAAUAAUACCUAUGCAUAUCGAGCAUACAUGGAAACCCUUUUAAACUAUGCCCCUGCUGCUAAACAAUCUCAUCUUACUUGUAGCCUUUGGUAUGAGGAUACAGCAGGAAAAAUGGAUUCUACAGAUGGUGAAAACAUAGGAUUUGUUAAAAGACAGGAAUUGAUUAGUGAAAGUAAGGAAAUAGAAAUGAUUGGUCAUCUUCACGGUGACAUUUUUAACCAAGAUAAAUUUUUAAUUAAUGGUGUUGAAAUGAGUGUUAAAUUGGUUCGAUCAAGAGAGAGUUUUAAUUUAAUUGUUGGGUCGAACGAUGUAAAGUUUAAAGUUUGCAUUACGGACGCAACUCUUAUUGUGCGACGAGCACGAAUUAAUCCAAGUGUAUUACUCGCACAUCAAAAAGUUUUAGCUUCUACCACUGCUAAAUAUCCUAUUACUCGAGCUGAAGUAAAAGUUUUAACAAUUCCUUCAGGUGUUCAAGGAAAAACUCUUGAUAAUAUAUUUUUAGGACAGGUACCGAAAAGAUGUAUAAUUGGAUUUGUGAACAAUUCUGCAUUUAAUGGUUCCCUUACUAAAAAUCCAUUUAACUUUGAAAACUAUGGUAUUAAUUCUUUCAGCUUAUAUAUUGAUGGUCAACAAAUACCUUCAAAAGCUUUGCAACCAUCUUUUAAUAAUAGCAUAUUUACAUCAGCAUAUCAUACUCUAUUCUCGGGAACUGGUAUUCACUUUCUUAAUGAAGGAAAUGGAAUCUCUUGUGAACAGUAUGGCAAAGGUUACUGUCUAUUAGCAUUUGACUUAACUCCUGAUUUAUCAGCUAACUCAUCAACUCAUUGGAAUCUCAUAAAGCAUGGUAGUGUAAGAAUAGAAGUACGAUUUGAAUCCUCAUUAAUACAAACAAUUAACUGUAUAGUUUAUGCUGACUUUGAUAAUAUUAUUGAGAUAGAUAAAAACAGAAAUGUUACUGUAGACUAUAGUAGUUAA